AUGUUAACACGUUAUUGCAACACCAGUAGCUAUUCAACAUGGUUAGUAUUAGGGAUGCUUGUUGCCUUUCUAAUCGUCUUGCAACAUUGUUCAUCCAAUGUUGAUGGAGCAGCAACUUCAAAUGGUACACUAAGGGAAUGGCUCACCUCUUUGCAAAAUGAAGCAGCUUCAUUAGAACGCUCAGCUUUACAAUUGGAAAUGGCGAUUGCUUUGUUGACUAAGGCAAAUUCAACAAGUACAUCCCUUAGAGCUUCUCAACUUGCAAAGAUUAGAAAGUCUAUUGCCUUACUUGCAAGUGAAAUUCAAAUCAUCAACGAAACAUGCUCUACAUACACUGGUCAAAACUGUGAUAAUGCCGUCUGUAAUUCAAAGUGUUUGAGCUGUUUUUCUAAUAAUAAUUGUAUCCAGUGUACUGGAAAUUGGGAUGGAAAAGAAUGCUCAAUUUGUAAAACUGGAUGGGGUGGCUCUGAUUGCAACACUCCAGUAUGUGAUUCUAAAUGUAGUAUGUGCUCAUCGCCAGGAGUUUGUUCUGCUUGCUAUGGUAACUGGAAUGGUGUUACUUGUUCAACAUGUAAUUUAGGAUGGACUGGUGUUGAUUGUAAUACACCAAUUUGUGAAGUCAAUACAUGUAUUGGUAAUUGGAAUGGAACAUCUUGUUCAACAUGCAGAAUUGGCUGGAAUGGAACUAAUUGUACCACACCAGUAUGUGAUUCUAAAUGUGCUAAUUGUACAUCACCAGGAGUUUGUUCUGUUUGCUCUGGAAACUGGAAUGGAACAACUUGCUCUACUUGUAAGACUGGUUGGACAGGUUCUGAUUGUAAUACACCAAUUUGUGACGCCAAAUGUACAACAUGUGCCUCACCAGGUGUUUGUUUUGUAUGUUCAGGAAACUGGAAUGGAGCUACUUGUUCAACAUGUAAAACUGGUUGGUCAGGUACCAGUUGUGCAACACCAAUUUGUGAUGCCAAAUGUACAACUUGUGCCUCACCAGGUGUUUGUUCUGUAUGUUCUGGUAAUUAUGAUGGUGCAACAUGUUCCACUUGUAAAUCAGGAUGGGGUGGCUCAACAUGUUCAGUCUCGACAACAUAUACCAUUUAUGCUGGUGCUGACAAUUCGUACACUCUCUACCAUAAUGGUGUUGCUAUUCUGUCAGGAAGCACUUGGAGUUCUCCUCAAACAACUACAAGAGUAUUGAAUAGUGGUGAUAUUUUGAUAUCUAAAGGUUAUGAUUCUGAUGGAAUGGGAGGACUCGUGGUUGAAGUUUACAACUCAAACAAUGAUUAUUCAACUGGUAGAGUUACAUGGUAUUGA